UUCACAUCUUUGCAGCGGCUGAGCGCAGCGUGGCUCUCCGGCUGCACAGCGUGGGCUCUCUCUGAAUCAUAUAGUCAGAUGACUUUCAUUACGGCCGCUGAACGCAUUUGGAGCAUUCUGUCAAUGCAGCAGAGAGCGAAGAGCGCGGAGACGGGCUGAGCUGCGCGUUUGGACACAUUUAUCCCGAGUGCGUCUUCCGCUCGAUCCACCUGCCGGCGCGCAGGGAGCCCGUGGAGGGAUGUCGCGAUGUUGUGCACAAGGAGAACUAAAACUUUGGUGUCGACGUGCGUGAUCCUGAGCGGCAUGACCAACAUCGUGUGCCUGCUGUACGUCGGCUGGAUCACCAACUACGUGGCCAACACCGGGGGCAAAGUUGCGGAGAGCGGUGGCGGGGAGACGGACAGAAAGUUGGAGGAGGACGGCAAAGGUGAAACGCUGAGGAUUAUGGAGCGCUUGGAGCGUCUGGAGAGCGUCGUGAACGAGCACAUUAAAGAAACCCCUCUGAAGGACGGUGAAGAAGCAGCGUCUUCCUCAGACUCUGCCGCAGACCCCGCCGCCUCACUGUUCAAUCACUGGGGUCGUGACCUGGGCCCAGAGAGCCGACGCGUCGCGCUCAAAAAGUUCCGUUACUUCGGAUACAACGGCUACCUGAGCGACCGCAUCUCCCUCACCAGGCCCAUUGCAGAUUUACGACCGGACGGAUGCAGAAACAUGUCUUAUUCGUCAGACCUUCCUCAGCUCAGUGUAAUCUUCAUCUUUGUCAACGAGGCGCUGUCAGUUUUAUUACGCUCCAUUCACACGGUCAUCCAGAGGACACCAUCCUACCUCCUUAAAGAGAUCAUACUCGUGGACGACAACAGUAACAGCUUGGAGCUGAAGGAGCACUUGCAGAGCUUUGUGGAUGAGACAAACGCUCAGCACGGACCGGGGUUCAUCAAAGUGGUCCGGCACGCCAAGCAGGAGGGACUGAUCCGGUCCAGAGUCAGUGGAUGGAGGGUGGCCACUGCUCCUGUGGUUGCUCUAUUCGACGCACACGUAGAGUUCAACACUGGAUGGGCAGAACCGAUCCUGCAGAGAAUAAAGGAGGACCGAACCAGAGUGGUCUUGCCUUCCUUUGACAACAUCAAGUAUGACACAUUUGAGAUUGAGGAGUACCCCCUGUCUGCUCAGGGCUUUGACUGGGAGCUUUGGUGUCGAUACCUCAACCCACCAAAGUCCUGGUGGAUGCUACGCAACCACACAGCUCCCAUCAGGAGUCCUGCCCUGAUUGGCUGCUUUGUGGUCGACAGGAAAUACUUUGAGGAGAUCGGCCUGCUCGAUGAAGGAAUGGAAAUUUAUGGUGGAGAAAAUGUGGAGCUCGGCAUCAGAGUGUGGCAAUGUGGGGGCAGCGUGGAGGUCCUGCCCUGCUCCAGGAUCGCCCACAUCGAGCGUGCUCACAAACCCUACACAGAGAACUUGACAGCCCACGUGCGCCGCAACGCUCUGAGAGUGGCUGAAGUGUGGAUGGACCAGUACAGGAGUCACGUCUACAUGGCCUGGAACGUUCCACUGCAGAACUCAGGGAUAGACAUCGGGGACAUUUCUGAGAGGAAGGCCCUGCGGUCCCGACUCAGAUGUCGACCGUUCAGCUGGUUCCUCUCCAACAUCUACCCAGAGCUGCGCUCGUACAGCGACACUGUUGCUUAUGGAGUGUUAAAGAACAGUCUGAGAGAUGAGCUAUGUUUGGACCAGGGGCCAGACUCUGAUAACAUUCCCAUCAUGUAUCUUUGUCAUGGAAUGACACCCCAGCAGAAUGUGUACUUCACCAGCUCCCAGCAGAUUCACCUCGGCGUUCUCAGUCCAACCAUCGAUGACGACGAUAACAAGUGUCUGGUGGAUGUGAACAGCAGGCCCAGGCUGCUGGAGUGCAGCUACGCAGCCACCAAACACAUGAAGCUCACCUGGACUUUUGCUCAGGGGGGAGCCAUCCAGAAUAUUGAGUCUCAGCGUUGUCUGGAGCUGGUGGAGAGCAAGCAGUCAGCGUUCACCUUCCAGCUGGCCAUUCAGGACUGCACUGGUCAGAAAUGGACUAUCACAAACAUUUUGACUGUCCUACCACAGUGAAAUCUGUCAGGAUGGAGUUAUGACACCCAUUAAGAAACUAUUAGAGUCCAAACAGAGGGGGACUUUUCCCAAAAACCCCAAAAGAAAUUAACUCUGGAUGAGUUUUUACCCAGAAACUGGACAAGAAUACACAUGCUUCUAUCAUGACCGGACCAUCAGUAACUUAACAACCUUUUUCUACCAAUGAAAUGAGCAAGGAGACACUCACAGGUGGAGCAGAUGCUGUCCAAGCUAUUAAGCCUGCCAUUAAAAUGAGAUAAAUUA